CCUCCCCCCUCUGCAAUCCCCUCGGAUCUCUCACUGAACUAUCUCGGAUUGCCUGAUCGCCAGAUUAGUCAGUGUUCCCACACACGUGUAUUCCCGUUCAUCAUGGCGACCUUCUUCCAGAGUGUGUAUGUGCCUUCCCCUCCUCUUCCCCUAAUCAUGCAUCCCGUCCCUGUUGGACCCUUCACUCGCAUGCGCUCUCUCUGGGUGGACAGUGCUGCAACAUGCCUGGGCGCACCAAAAGAAUGAUGCCCCCUGAAAUCAGUGGCCACGUCCACCAGUCUGUGUCCUUUGUUUCAGCGCUGCGGCUUCAUCUCCUGACGCCUUCUCCUUUUCCCUUCUUCCCCCCACAUCUCCGUCUGGACACCAGCGAGGACUGACUUGCGACUUGUUUCCCCUUCCCAGCCGCCAAGGGUUUGGCAGAGGCAAUAACAACAAGAACAACAACAACAACAACAAUAACAAUCCCGCAAAGAUGAACAAUGGAAGUCCGGCUCCGUCGCCGGCGUCCCAGAUGCCUCCCGCCGGCCAUGUGCCCAACUCGCCGUCCCUCACCUCGAGUCUCUCCGUGGACACCUCCUCCACCUACGACCCCGAUGCUCCCAAGUACUUUUUCCAGGAGAAAUAUGCCCCCCUCAAUGUGAAGGGUAACUUCUUGACGUUGUGUGCCUGUCCCAAGAACGUGGAGCUGGGUGAAUGGCUGGCCCAUCAAAUCGUUGAACAAUAUCGCUUGCUCCAUGGCAUGCUCCAGGUUAUCCAGGAGGUCAAUAGCCUUACAGGACUGCCGAUCUGUAACGAGAACACCUGCCCCACCAUGUCGGCUGGUCGCUUGACCUACACCUGGCUGGUCGACGGUCGUGCCGCCAAGAUCUCGGCCCCCAAGUUCAUCAACCGUGUUGAGAAAUGGAUUGUCAGCAAGAUUCACGACCCGGUCAUGUUCCCCACGGAAAAGGUUACCGGUGUACCAGACACCUUUGCUGUCAACGAAGCAGGCGGCCCCAGCGCUACUUCCGGGGAGGAGUGGAUUGGCAAGUCCAGCGGCUUCCCUCAGACGUUCUAUAAAGACUGCCAGGGCAUCAUGAAGCAGAUGUUCCGAUGCUACGCCCACUUGUACCACGCGCACUGGCUGAACCCCUUCUGGCACAUUAACAAGCAUGACAUUCUCAACAUGUGCUUUGUCCACUUCGUCACGGUGGCCAAGUACUACAAGCUCGUCUCUGAUAAGGAAAUGGAGCCCAUGCAACCCCUGAUCGACCUGUUCAUCAAGCAGCAGCGUAUUCCUCCGGAGGCGCUAGCAGGUGGCCACUGGGGCCAGCAAGCCUCUAGCUGAGCUAGGGCGCAGCAGAACUCCCAUUCUUCUUUCCUCAAGUAAGAAAGCGGUCCGACCUGGCGUUGGAACCCUUUGAUCGGAUUAGACGAACCGACUCGAUCCUAUGAUCGCGGUUUCAUGGUGUCUUGACUUCUUCAGGACGCCGCGUGGAUUACGUGACACAGAGUUGGCGUUAAGCAUUUAGCAUGCGGUGUGAAUAUGUUCUUCCUGUGAUUUCCUGCAUAUCCAGUCGUGGGACCCCCCACUGACUACGCGAUUCUUGUAGCCUAGAUUAACCUUGCGCAUCGUGGCUGGACGAGAGCAUUUUGAGAUUAUUUACCUGGAACUAGCCUGACGUGGAGAUGACACUGAUCAGCCAAAUUGAGAUUAUGAACAAUCAGCAU